UGUUUCACUUCCUUCCUUCCGCACCCAUCUUCGCCAUUGAAAGCCAACCUCUGAAGCUCUGCCAGUCUGCUGCUUCCUGGGCAGCUAUAAAAGGGCCAAAACCCGGCGAAAGAUGGAAUUUUGAUCCCACCACCCCCCCCUCUCUCUCUCUCUCUCUCUCUAAAGAUGUUGUAAUCAACGAACUUUAAUCGUUCUCUCUCUCAGGCUCUGAAACCGCUCUGCUCUGUCGGAGAGAGAGACCCCUAAACCCCACAAAACCCUCCCAGCACUCCCUCAUCUAUCUUUCCCCCCUCCCGGCAGGCGGGAGCGUCCAUCUGCUGCGGAGGAGCUGCUACUGUUGGGUUAUCUUGGCCCCGCAGCCGCUGAUCAUGCGCCGGUUCCUUGGUUUUCCGUGUUUCUUCGCCCGCCUGAGCUAGCCUUGCUUUGAAUUUGAUCGAUUUGCAGGGGCGAGCUUGAGUUGUUUGAGCUGUUUAAGCUUGGAGUUCUCUAACUCCCAGCCAAUUUGCUGUAUCUUCGGGGUAAACAAAGUCAAUGACAGUCCCUGUCAACUGUCUUGUUUCAGGAAAGCAGACUUGUCCUUCCUACCCAGAUGGAGUGGACUGAGAAGGACGCUGCCAUCGAGGGUAGAAGGGAUCCAGUUGGUGAAAACGGUUUCUUGAAACCGUCAACUCCUUCUGCUUCUACUAACGCUGCACCGGUUUCACUUUCUCCAUCACACAAGAUCUAUGGAGGCAAGGAUGCCCUUUCUUACGCUGGUAUUCUUCGGAAUAGAAACAAGUUUGGUGAUGCUCUCCUGCUCUAUGAGAGUGUCCUUGAGAAGGACAGUUCAAAUGUGGAAGCCCACAUUGGCAAGGGGAUAUGCUUGCAGAUGCAGAAUAUGGGACGGCUCGCUUUUGAGAGUUUUGCUGAAGCCAUCAGAUUGGAUCCACAGAAUGCAUGUGCCCUGACCCAUUGUGGUAUGCUGUACAAGGAGGAGGGUCGCCUAGUGGAGGCCGCUGAUUCAUAUCAGAAGGCUUUAAAAGCUGAUUCUUCAUAUCAACGAGCAGCAGAAUGCUUGGCCAUUGUUCUAACAGAUAUUGGAACAAGCUUAAAGCUUGGUGGCAACACACAGGAAGGAAUCCAGAAGUACUAUGAAGCUCUCAAAAUCGAUCCACAUUAUGCUCCUGCAUUCUAUAACCUUGGUGUUGUCUAUUCUGAGAUGAUGCAAUAUGACAUGGCCCUCCAAUUCUAUGAGAAAGCUGCUUUGGAGAGGCCAAUGUAUGCGGAAGCAUACUGCAACAUGGGUGUGAUUUUCAAAAACCGUGGUGAGCUGGAGACCGCUAUUGCCUGCUAUGAGAGGUGCCUGAUGGUCUCCCCUAAUUUUGAGAUUGCAAAGAACAAUAUGGCAAUAGCCUUGACGGAUUUAGGAACUAAGGUGAAGUUGGAGGGAGAUAUUAAUCAAGGUGUUGCCUAUUACAAGAAGGCCUUAUACUACAAUUGGCAUUAUGCUGAUGCCAUGUAUAAUCUUGGGGUUGCAUAUGGUGAAAUGCUUAAGUUUGAGAUGGCUAUCGUGUUUUAUGAGCUAGCGCUCCAUUUCAAUCCACAUUGUGCAGAGGCAUGCAACAAUUUAGGAGUAAUAUACAAGGACCGAGAUAAUCUUGAUAAGGCCGUGGAGUGUUAUCAGUUGGCUUUGUCAAUCAAACCUAACUUCUCCCAGUCCUUGAACAAUCUCGGUGUUGUUUUCACCGUUCAGGGCAAAAUGGACGCAGCUGCUAACAUGAUUCAGAAAGCAAUUGCUGCAAAUCCUUCAUAUGCUGAAGCAUAUAACAACUUAGGUGUUCUUUAUAGAGAUGCUGGCAACAUAUCUAUGGCCAUCGCAGAGUACGAGCAAUGUCUUAAAAUAGAUCCUGACUCUCGUAAUGCAGGCCAGAAUCGGUUACUGGCAAUGAACUACAUCAACGAAGGAUAUGAUGACAAACUUUUUGAGGCUCACAGGGAUUGGGGUAGACGUUUUCUGAGGCUGUAUCCACAAUAUUCUUCAUGGGAGAACACAAAAGAUCCGGAGCGGCAACUUGUUGUGGGAUAUAUAUCUCCAGAUUACUUCACGCAUUCUGUGUCAUAUUUUAUUGAAGCUCCUCUGACGUAUCAUGACUAUCGAAAUUACAAGGUGGUGGUUUAUUCAGCUGUUGUAAAGGCUGAUGCAAAAACUACCCGAUUCCGGGAGAAAGUGUCGAAAAAUGGUGGCAUAUGGAGAGAGAUUUAUGGAAUUGAUGAGAGGAAGGUUGCAAGUAUAGUAAGAGAAGAUAAGGUUGACAUCUUGGUGGAACUCACAGGCCAUACUGCUAAUAAUAAGCUCGGAACUUUGGCAUGUCAACCUGCUCCUAUCCAGGUCACCUGGAUUGGCUACCCAAACACCACUGGUUUGCCCACAAUUGACUACAGAAUCACAGAUUCCCUUGCAGAUCCUCCAGACACAAAGCAAAAGAAUGUUGAAGAGUUGGUUCGGCUUCCUGAGUGCUUCCUCUGUUACACACCUUCUCCUGAUGCUGGGCCAGUAGGCCCAACUCCUGCUCUUUCAAAUGGCUUUGUCACCUUUGGUAGCUUCAAUAACUUAGCAAAGAUAACUCCUGAAGUGUUGCAAGUUUGGGCUAGAAUACUGUGUGCGGUUCCAAACUCUCGUCUGGUGGUCAAAUGUAAACCAUUCUGUUGUGAGAACAUAAAACAGAGUUUCCUUGCGACAUUGGAGCAGCUGGGGCUGGAAUCAUUGCGUGUUGAUCUUCUUCCCUUAAUUCUUCUUAACCAUGACCAUAUGCAAGCAUAUAACAUCAUGGACAUUAGCUUGGAUACAUUCCCUUAUGCUGGAACGACAACAACAUGCGAAUCUUUGUACAUGGGUGUUCCAUGCAUUACUAUGGCUGGUUCAGUUCACGCUCACAAUGUUGGAGUGAGUCUUCUAACUACAGUUGGUUUGGGACAUUUAGUUGCCAAAAAUGAGGAUGAAUAUGUCGACUUGGCCAUAAAAUUGGCAUCCGAUAUCACGGCACUUUCUGAUUUGAGGAUGAGUCUUCGCGACCUUAUGUCUAAAUCUCCCUCGUGCGAUGGACCGAAGUUCACUGCUGGUUUAGAGUCAACCUACAGGAACAUGUGGCGAAGAUAUUGUAAAGGAGAUAUGCCUGCCUAUAGGAGGCUUGAAGCACUCAAACGGAAGACAGCCUUUGAAGAGCCACCAAUCAGCACUUUUGAUAAGCCGAUAGAGAGCUCUCCUGGGUCCAUCAAAGCCAACGGAUUUGCAACAGCCAUCCCACCACCGGUUUUAACUCUGUCCGCAAGCAACUCCGAGGUUCUAACUCUUUCUACCAGCAAUUCCGAGGAGAAUGGACAGUUAAAAACAGAGGACUAACCCCAGCAAAGUGAGCUGCACUUCAAAUGCCGACUGAUUUUUGGAAAUUUCCAGUCGAUGGGGUUAUCAGUUUGAAGUGUGUAUAAUGUUAAAAUGAAGUUCCCCCUAGUUGUACAAAUGCGGUGUUCAAUGCUGAGUGUUAUAACAUUUUACAGGAUUGACAUUAUUUGGGGAAUUUCGGGUGGGGACUGGGGAGUGAUAAGUUGCAUUCGGUUCUUCAUCUGUUUGAGGAGGGCGGUUCAAAAGAGAUCAGCAGCUGCUAUUGCUGGAUUAUGUUGAUUGCAUUUUCCCCCGAUAUACAAAUAGGGAUAGUUAUGGGCUGUAAAUUAUGGUCGACAUGUCUAAUUAGCAUAGACAUAACCUCUUUUCUUGGGUUCGGAUCG